AUGGCCUUCCGCCUGCCAGCUCAGGCUCCCCACCAGGCAUCCUACUCCCGGCGAGAGAGGCCCCCCGCCCUCGACAUCUCAUCGGCAGAAUCCCGCCAGCAGGACGAGGAUUCCAAGGAAUGGGUUCUGUUCUCCCCGUCGCAACCCUCCUCCACCGCCCGCACCCGCACCGACUCGACUGACCGUACGCCCCGGACAGCUGGCCUGUCCCGACUGAGUGAUUUUGGGUCCUUGAACCAGUCGGAGGAUGAGGGCGACGACGAUCUAGACGAGCCCUUAGAGGAAGACGCGACCGACUUAGACAGCCUGGAUGAUGGCCUCCAUGCCUUCCGCGACUCCAACCUCCCCGAUUCCUCUUACCCGGUACUGCCCACCCACGAUGGACUGGGCUCGUUUCACGCGUCGGACCAGCUCAUCCAGGACCAGCUGUGGCGGUAUGAGCAGUACAAUCCGCACCGCCAGGGAGACGUCACGCGUCGACGCCGCUCUAGUGUACAACGGCAUUUGGAUGCGCUGCAGGAGCGCGACGCCGAUAACGCCGAGCGCGAGCGAUGGCAACGCAUCGAGAAAUGGAGAAUAGAACAGGGCAGGAUUCUGUUACAAGAAAUCGAGCGAGAGACAAGGCGACACCAGCGACGAAACAGUCGUGCGAGUUUGGCAAGCAACCGGACAGCGUCCCGGCGCGAUGUCCUCGGCAGUAUUUCUGAAACGAGGGCCAUGAGUACGACGGCAUCAUCAUCGUCGUCGACAGAGACUGCAUCCUCCCAGGGUGACUCGAAUUCUGAAGAGUCCUUCUGGCGUCGAAUCACGCGCAAGGUCAUUCGAGACUUGAUCGGGAUCGACGACUCGUUGCUGUCGGUCAUCCUGGGAGAGUCGCUCGUUGAGACGGAUUCUAGAUCAACAUCCUCUGAGGAGCAGCAACCAGGUCCCAUCCUGCCUGAGGACAUGGACCGCGAGAUGAAAGAUAUGAAGAAUGUGCCUGGUGACAAUGACGUCUGGCAAGAACGGCUGCUCCAGCGAAUUGCCCGAGAAUUGGGCAUCUUGGUUCACCAGAUCUGGGAACAUCCCGGCGCGUUUAGCACGUACUUGCGGAAUGUUGAUUCUCCAGCGGACUAUUACGCUGGUAUUCCUGUCUCACGCACUGAAACCGAUCCCCAGUCCAGAACGUCCCAAGUCACGCCGGAUAGCAACACCUACUCGUCGACCUUUUCCCCGCACUUCCCUCCUACCUUGCGCGACCCGGAGACGGCAGAGCAUGCAGCCCAAUGGGGCAUUGAAGAAGAUGACAUUGCCCCAGAUGCCACUGCAGAUUCGAAUCCCGUCGAGCCUGCUGAGGUAUCGGAGUCUGCACGUCUGCAGCAGGAGCAUGAGUACUGGGAGCGCGAGCUGGAUGUGAUGAUGGUCUUUCGAUACCUCCGCAACCGCUUCCGGCGUGGAGGGAACAGCAACGCAAGUGCCGGUAGCGGCCAGUCGACGCUGUCCACCGACCAGGACGCAUCACGCCGCGCGGCCGUCAUCCGGCAGCACCAUCCCCUGGUCGCGCGUGCCCACGCCCGGUUGCAGGCUCGAAACCAGGCCCAAUUUCAGCGCCAGCUGCACCUGCGGACGCAACCCCAUCCCGGCAUGAUUUCCGGUGGAAAUCCCUCCUCACCGAUUGCGCGGCAUCACUUCCGCCGGCCGAGUUCGAGCUGCGCGAGCCAGAGCACCAAGGUGUCGGCGAAGCGGACGCUCACUGGCGUGGGGAGCGGCUCGAGUCGGAACUACUGGGACAUCGGGGGGAGUGUCGGCAGUGGCAGCGCCGUGAUCUCGGUAGGCGGCCCUGGUGUGGGAGCUUGGGGUGAAGCAUGA